UCUAUUUGUCAGGGCUUUUUUCUUAGAGCCUCGGCACUCUACUUAUACUGGGAGCUGAAGUAUUUAAUGAGUCAAUAAAACUGAAGCUAAUAUUCAAUAAUUAGGCAAUACUAUUCUGGAGGAAGGCCGUAGCUAGUAAGUUAAAGGGCUGCUGGUUAAGGCUAGAUGGUAUCAUUUUUAGACAACAGCAGUAUGUUAAGUUUAUUAACAUGUUGUUGCUGGUUUUAUUUUGUUUAAAGAUGAUUAAAAAGAAACCGCAAAUUCAGAUCCUAGUGUUAAAUAUUGCAGAGUUAUUAAAUACUUAAUAUUUGGACUAUAUUAGACAUAUUUUUCUAGAAUGUUUGUGUUAGAUGUGUUUGCUAGCCUCUCCCAGGAGAAGGUUUGUGUCAUGGUUGCCCAUGGCAACGGAAUGACGCUUUGGGCUCGCUGUGAAAGAUCGGUCGGAUAGGUUUGAGCUGUGUGUGGAAAUUUAAGAAUUAUUGAUAUAUAUCGUCUUAUUUGGUCUUCUUAUUUGUCUAGCCAGAGUUACAGCCGAGCUUUAAAAUAGACGCGCAUGUUCAUAUACCCCAUUAUGGGGUAUAUAAACAUUAAGUCCAAUGUUUGCCUUAUUGGGUGUAUUGUGUAUCACGAUUGGACGUUUUUUUGAGAAGCAUGAAGAAAAAACUCCCCGCCAUAUGUGAUCAAGGACUUGCGAAGCAACGUUUAUAGGUGUAAACUAAUCAACCGCGAGUUUUUCUCCACAGUCAGGGUCAGAUGGUGCAAAUUACACAAUGCUGUAAAUAUGACUUCAGCAGCAGCUCUAGGAGUAAACCCCAAUACCGACAGAGGUAUUGGCUUAAGCCAUCUGCUGGGUACCGAGUAUGAAAGGAAGAAGCAGAAACUUCAGCGGGAGCUCCAGCUGGACUACAGAAACUAUAUAUCCAGGAAAACGGAUCUGAAAAGUAAAGAGCCUCAACAACAACUUGAUGGACUGUCACUACCGAUUGAUGAGAGGAUAUCUGUAAAGGAAAAACUGAGAGAGGAGAGAAAUAAAGAAUACAACCUCUUCCUCCAAGAACAAGCUCAAAUCAGAACGGUAAAGAGGAGAACGUCUUCUGUCAGUCCCAAGCGUGGACAGAUUCACGCUUCAGAUGGCUUGAAAAUUUCUCCCCCAGCCUCUCCCCUGUCAUACCCUCACAAACAUACCCACACAAACAUAGUCCCCAGUCACAAUGAGAGGAAAGAUGCUUCCACUCUGACCGAGGCGUUCAACGAUGGAGAAAACAGGAGUCCAGUUCAGAGGCGGCGAAGACGCUGGCAAAUCUUCAGAGCAGAGCCCUACAGCUCUGAAGACGAGCUAAACACAGACAGAGGGGAUGAGUUGGAUUUGAGAUACAGGAGGAGGAACGACAGGCACACUCAAGAGCCUGGGUACAAAGAGGAGAUGACAGCGCAAGAGUGCAGAGUGAAGAAGGCUUCUCAGGACAGAAAGGAGACAGCGGCUCCUACAGUUUCUCAUCAGAAGACCAAUGACACAAUUUGGAAGUCUGAUGUUCAAGUGCCAGCCAGCAUGAAGAUGGCUGCAAGAUCUGCUGUCAGGACGGAUAAGGCUGAUUUUGCUACUGGACUGCUGAUAGGAAUAACAGAAGAGCAGGAGACAACUCAGAUGAGGAAAGAACAAUACAGGCAGGAGUUAUUGAGACAAAUCGCUGAAAAGCAGAGGAAGAAGAUGGAGGAGAAAAGACUUGAGCUGAGAGUUGACCCUGAGAAAGAGCCUGACCGGAUACAGCAGCUAGGGUCUGUGAAUCGUCACUAUAACAGCCUGAGCCAGGAUGUUCUUCACAAGCUAGGAAAAGAUCUAGAGGCUGAAGGGAAGCACCUAAAUCCCAGUCUUGAAAAUGGCAAACCCACUGAGAAUGCAGAUGAGAGAGCCCCCCCCGGAAAGUCCCAGGUGGACUUCAUUACAGCUCUCAGACAACUGCCUGGGAAGACUGUGCCUUCAAAUGGGAUGGAAUUACCGCAAGGUGUCCCCUCACUGGACUAUUUUAGUGAGGACCACCACAGGGACUUCUCAAACAUCCUAGGAGAGGUGACCAUCCCAAGGGUUGCGAGUGUUGCUCCUCCUUUACCUCCCAUUGUACCUUACAAUUACAAGACUCCAUAUGAUGCAGAUUAUUACUACUAUGGAACCAGGAAUCCAUUAGAUCCUCAUCUUCCUCACAAUCCAAAUGGUCUGCCCGGGGGGAAUCGGCAGUCUGAGAAUUCCAAGAUUCUGUCUCAGAGAACGCGUCCUCUCAGAUCCAGUGGCCAAAAUGAAGAAACUCAUCAACAUGGAGCAUCUGCUCUGGUUUUUGAAGAACUUCAUGCAGAAAGGUCAAAGCAGAGGAGAGAGAGUGUACUGAGCUACCAAGAGACACUCAGACAGCAGAUUAAAGAAAGAGAGGAGCACAGAAGAAUAGAAAGAGAAGAAACAGCACGACUCAAUGCCAAGAUACAGGCUGAGAUGAGGGCAUACAACCCCUGGGGGAGAAGUGGAGGAGGAGGCGCUCCGAUCAGAGACCAAAAAGGCAACCUUGUUAGUGACCUGAAUUACAUGCACAGGAUCAAUGAGGCAUCAUAUAGGAAUCCUGUGCCCACUCCUGGCACUGAAACUAGUUCUCCCAUUUCCCAUCGACUAACAGGUUUCAAGGAUGAGACACUUCAACAGCAGGACAGUUACAGAGCAGCCCUGAAACAGCAGAUAGAGGAAAACAAGAGAAAGCAGCAAGAGGAAAGAGAACAGAUUAGAAUUGAGGAGGGGAAAGAAGAGAAGAGGCUGGCCAUGCAGAGGGCACGCUUACAGGAGGAAUAUGAGGAGGACCAAAGGAAAGAGAAAAGGAGGACUGAGCAUAAGCUGAAAAACCAAGGCUGGAUCCAUGAAGCUGAAACACAUCGCCAGAAGCAAGAAAAGCUGGUGAGGCAGGAAAAAGAGACUAAGAAGGUACCUCAGACCACCAGGGUGGAGAAAGACUCACGGUUGAAUUAUGAGAGGCAGCCCUCUCCGCCUAUCCCAACCUUGCAGAAAAAGAUGGAAAAUCUUGCGCCAUAUAGGCCAUCCUCUGUUUUGAGCCAGCGGUCAUCCAGAACUAAUCGCUCAGUGUCAGCACCGCACAACCAACCACCCGAUGAAAUUCCCAGCCAGCAGGAUGAUCAACAGGAAGUAAUCAGAAAGCUGUCAGCCCUCCGUGGUUAUCUGAGGAAAGAGCAACGACAACUGGAGGUUCAGAUGGGUCGCACGGAUUCACACGAGACCCACUACAAUCUGGUAAACAGAAGACGACCACAUAGAGAAUCUGCACAUAGAGAAGCUGUCCUGUCUUCAGCUAGGAGUCCUUCUCCAGCUGAUGCACAUGCUAACAGGCAAAACAUCAGGGAGUUCAUCCAGCUUAAACACAGAGGUACGACAUCUCGUGAGGAGGUUCGAACCCUGUACCCUGACCCUCCCGCAGACGCGCAAAGUCUGGACAUCCAGCAGCAGGCCCUUCUACGUGAACAACAGCACAAAAUCAGGCUAAUGAGGAGACAGGAAGAUGGUGACUUCUUGGGACGUCAACUAGGUCAUUAUUAUCCUAUCAAGAACCCUGGACGUGCCACUCACAGAAACCCCAUAUUGCCAUCAGAGAGUUCUUUUAUUGAUUACAGUGGUGAGGCACCUGAGCAGAGAUCCCCUCAACCAUCAGCAGAGCACCAGGAGAGGACGGCCCCAAGGACGAGACUUAACUAUGAUGAGGUGGCUGACAAGGAGGGUGAUAAUCUGCCAGCAGUACCCAGUCACAACAACCAGAACAAACGCCACAUUACGAGGCCAGACUCCCACUCUGGUGAUCACAGCGUAAAAGACUGGCUGCCCGGUGAUGAAGCGGACAUGUCGUCGCUGGGCUCUGCCAUGGGGAGGCGUGUCUCUGUGGACACUGUUGCCACGGAACUGUGGCUGCGGCCCGGAACAUCAGACGCUGUAAAGCAGUGAGGCUGUAGCAACAGGAUAAACAGGCGGAUGGGAGCUCCACACAGACUUAAACACUGCAUUGCACAGCUCCCAUUGGUGGCUCUCUAAACUGGAAAUGCACAGCCACCUUUUCUGCAAACCAGGUGGGGGUUCUCAUGAGAACUGAUGUCCUUCCUGUGCAGUGCUUUACUGACUUACACUUUACUUGUGUGCUGUUUCUAUUUGCUCUCAUUAGAGACCAGAGUCUGUAAAAACAUUAAUGACUAUUAGAUCACAGAAGAAACAGUUAAUACAAAACUCACUUUGGCCAAUUCCUCUUUACCUUCUACAUUUAGCACAUUAACAUUUUGUAAAGGUGGGAUUCAGUUAAUGAAUAAAGUCAUGGUGUUUUUGAGCAAUAAAAAUGUUACUGUAA